UUUUAGAAAAACACAUUAUCUGUGUGUCACCGCUCUCUCUCCACAAAUAUACACCUAUUAGGCUUUUAACAUUUGUGGUGAUUUUUAAAUUAUUUCUUUUUUACUUUUUUAUAAUUUCCUUUAAGAUUGCUGUUACUGAGACAUGUCGUGUACAUUUUUAUAAUUUACCUUAUUGUAUCCUACACACCCUUGAGUGCAUUACCCACAUUGAACAUGUGGCGGCAGCAAAAUCACACGAACUCGUGAAAGUCUCGGAAACAUUUCUCUCGUCUUUGAAAGCAUAAUGUGCUUCUUGUUUCGAGAGAAAUGUGUGCUUCAUGUGUGUCUUAUGCUUUAAAUGUAGUUAAAAUUGAAAAUGUUUUAUUGAUAAGGUUUAAAAGUGCCUUGCUUUAAAGUCAUCUUUCUAUACAGUUGUGUGCUUUGAUAUAUUGUGAUGUGAAAAUAAAUAUAAAAACGACUAUGAAAUGUAUUCUUCAGAGAGUGAUUACAGCAUUCUAGUGAAACUCCGCAGUAGCGUUGACAUGUCCGAAUAAUUUAAGUUCGAACAGUUCAUCGAAAUGAACCGAUUCAAAGAAACGACUCCCACCGAGUCAGGAAUUUCUCGCGUGCAAUUUACCGAUCACCCACAACAGGCUUUGCGAGUCGAUUCAAAUGAAUCUCUAGAUUCGGUUCAGCCAGAAUGAUUCGCUCGGAAGUUGGACAUCGUCGGGCACUCGGCGAGUCUUCAUGAGGAACGCACGAGCAUCAAUAGCAGUUCUUGCACCAGUUUACCAAACAUUUUCUAUCAGGGUUUAUUCAGCGACUACUAGUAAACAGAAUAAAGUUAACACAUAUGAGGAUUAAUAACAAGGAAGCGAAAAGUGGAUAUAGAAGAAUGAAUAUAUCAUAUUUACGCACGAUUUUUUUCUUGCUGUCAGUUUCAUCCUUGCAUGACUGUAAUGAUUCGGCACUGGGUUGUAUGGAUAAGAACAGAGCGAUGGCCGUACUGCGUCAGAUGGAGAAGUUCCUCAAAGCACAGGAGGUCCGGUUUACAGAAGGGCUUCGGAUUAUGAAGUCCAAACUCACCAGUCUUCAAAACUCUGUGUCCAAGUUUCCACAAUCAGACCAGUCCUCGUCUCAGCUCUCGUGUCCACCUCUGAUGGCUCCGGCCCACGGGAGGAAGUUUGGCUCGAAAUACCUGGUGGGCCAUGAGGUCCAUUUCACAUGUUCUCAGGGUUUUCGCUUGGUGGGGUUGGGAACACGCGUGUGCCAGGAAAACGGCACCUGGAGCGGAGUCACCGUCAUCUGUAAAGAUGUGAGCGUGUGCAGCAGUAACCCGUGUCAGAACGGUGCCACCUGCGUGGAGACCCUCAACCAGUACAAGUGCACCUGUCCACACAACUGGAGCGGAAACCACUGCCAGUAUCAGACUCAAACAGCUCCUCCAGAAUGGAGCGUUGUGAAUGAUCCGGCCUUCAGCCGCAAACCUCGCUGUGCAAAAGUGGACCAUGCCCAGCACUGUAGCUGCGACGCUGGCUUUCACAUGAGCGGAACCUCAGACAACAGCAUCUGUCAGGAUGUGAAUGAAUGUGAGGUGUACAAGACCGAGCGUGGAGGACCUCUGUGUGCUCAUGCCUGCGUAAACAUCCCUGGAUCUUAUCACUGUUCCUGUCCCACCGGUUACAAACUGCUCACUGAUGGAAGGAGCUGUGAGGAUGUGGACGAAUGUCUUACGCAACAGCACAACUGCAGCCGCGGCACCAGCUGUGUUAACACCGGAGGAGGUUUCCAAUGCGACAACCCCGAGUGCCCGCGCUCGCACGCCAACGCCAGCUAUGUCAAGACCUCACCUUUCCAGUGCGAAAGAAACCCCUGUCCCAUGGAUAGCCGCUCCUGUCCGUUCGCCGCAAAGACCAUCUCUUACCAUUACCUAUCCCUGCCCACCAAUCUGCGCACCCCCGCCACCCUGUUCCGCAUGGCCACUGCGACCGCUCCGGGAAGGCCGGGACCGGACAGCCUCCGUUUCGGCAUCGCCGGAGGAGGUGACGCCAGGAGCUUAUUCGUCAUGCAGCGCUCAGACCGUCAAACCGGAGAGCUGAUCCUGGUUCAGCCGUUACAAGGACCUCAGGAGCUCAGCGUGGAGGUAGAGAUGUCCGAAUAUGCUGACCGCACCUUCCAAGCCAAACAUCUGGCUCGAGUCCAUCUUCUGGUUUCGUCCUAUGAGUUCUGAAGAGAUGGAGGGGUAUCGUCGCAUGUCUGAUCUUGAAGGAAACGGUUCAGAGGGAUGAAUGUUUUCCUUUGGAGGGUCUGAAUGAUAGAGUUGUUCAUAGACUCAGCUCUGGUUUUGAUGUUGACGUGUCUUAGAAAUGAAAGACGUGGACGGCAGUGUAAUGUAACGCUGAUUUUCCAACUUUAAUGUACUCACACAAAAAUGCUUUUUACUUGCUGGUACAUUUUUGGUUAAAGGUAAAGCGUGUCAUUUUCCAUCCCAGUUUUUAAAGACAGUGAUGAAUAAACUUAUUACCUGGAUUUCUGAAGAGGGUAAACACUGUGACUCUGUAGUAUUGCUCUGUUUGUUUGAGCGCCAAUAUUUACCAUAUGGCUGUCAAAACAAUAAAACAAACAAUCAUGAAAAUGACACCGAUCCAAACUGUAACCUGCCAAUUUACAGCCGAUUCCAUUAGUUAUGGUCAAUAUUAUGCAUUCGUGCAUUUGCAAUGAUAUUAAAACAAACGUUUAUGGGUUGCAUUCCACAUAAAAAAUACUGUAGUAUACUUCAAUAUUUACUAUAGUAAAGUGCGAAAAGCUACCAAAGUCUUUUCGAACCUUCCUAUAGUAAAUAUUAAAGUGCACUCCAGUGCAUCAAUUCAGUACAGUUAAUGCUAAAAAAUAUAUACUAACACUGGGUUCACACCAAACGCGAAUUAAGCGUUUUGCACGAGUAAAUUACAUACAAAGUCAAUUCAAAGACAUGUACAGACGCGAACUCGUGGCAGGCGGUGCGAAUGAUGCGUCUUCCACAAAGGUUGAAAAUAUUUGUCAGAUCGCGUCACUCACGCGAAAAUAACGAACGUUUCCCGCGAGUAAUAAAGAGCGUGGAACGCGAUUGUUCGCGUUUGGUGUGAACCCAGCAUAACACUGGGUUCACACCAAACGCGAAUUAAGCGUUUUGCGUGAGUAAAUUACACGCAAAGUCAAUGCAAAGACGCGUACAGACGCGAACUCGUGGAAGGCGGUGCGAAUGACGCAAAUUGGGCGUCAAUCUUGUCUUCCGCGAAGGUUGACGUCACUCACGUGAAAAUAACGAACUUUUUCCGCGAGUAAUAAAGAGCGUGGAACGCGAUUGUUCGCGUUUGGUGUGAACCCAGCAUAACACAAUUAAUUCUAUAUUUUACUAUAGUAAAUAGUACACUACUUUACAAGUUUAAUACACUACCUUACUAGUUUAAUAAUUCACUAUAGUUAAUACUACACAAUAGCAAACAUUAACAAAAUGACAAUAAUAUGCUACAGUUUACUAAGCUUUAUCGUUGGUUGGUUUCACCAUUAAAUAAACAAUGUGGCUACAGUGAAUAAGUGCUGAAGAAUUAAUACACGAAGACACAAAAAUCUAAUAAACCUGAGAAACAUAUUGUAAGAAAUUGCUUGUUUUAAUGAUCUUUGUUAAACAGACAAAACAUCUUCAGCUUGAAUGAAUGUUGAAAGUUUAUUUCAGCUUGUAAAUGUGCACCGCUGUCAAACAGACCUUCAACAACAGCACAUUUUAACAUCUACCUACAUGAAUUAUUCCAUAGUUUGAAUUAGCGUUUAUAUAUGUGGAAUGUUUUUUUAUUAAGAAUGACAAUAUCUCAACAUUUUCUUAACAUAUAUAUUGCUGUUCAUGUUUGCCUUGUCAUGUUCAUGUAUAUCAGGGUUUGUAUCUGACAAUGAAAUCAACUUUACAUGGUGAAUUUUAUUUCUCUGUUCCACACACCUUGAUCUUCAUUUUUGUUUGUAUUUUGACACUGUCUGUUGUUCUUGCAUAAAACAAUCUUCUCAAAGAAGGGAACAUUAACAAUCAACUCAUCAAAAUGAAUAAACAGUUAGUGGAACUGA